UUCGCGGGCAAAAACGGUGGGUGGCCUUUUCCGGAGACCACAGACGCGAAGAGCGAACAAAGGCGGCGUUCGCGCGGCUCGGGCAGAUUCCCGUUGUGGUCGGGUGCGUGGAUGGUACGCUCAUCGCAAUCCCGAAGCCCCAUGGUCUGAGCUCCGCGGACACGACGCAUUACAUGUCGGGGAAGGGACUCUACGCAUUCAACACCACGAUCACAUGUGAUGCCGACCUCUGGAUGUCAGUCCAUGUUUCCUGGGGUCAUGUCAUGACUAGUGGGUAUGGCGGGGGAGCCCUCUCCGUCAGCACCUGGAAGCAAAACUUCGGCUUGCUUGGAGACUCCAGCUAUACAUUAGAACCGUGGUUCCCGACACCAGUGCCCGGACGACCAGCUCGUGGCACCCCUGAUAACCACUACAAGGCCCACACCGCCAUGCGCAAUGUUGUGGAGUGGUGCAUCGCUGUAAGCUUGUGCACAGCUGCUCAAGCAUCAUUGCUGCUUGUGCAGCUCUGCACGACAUUGCGUUGGCGGCACAUGAGCCUGUUCUCGAAGGAAACGAUGACGACACCGACGAUGCUGACUGCUGCCAGCAGCAGCUGAGCUACCACCACCACCACAACGGGAGCCAGCAGCAGCGCAACCGUGUAGUGAACCUGUUUCGAGAACCACAGGGCCUGCAUGC